CUCCUCAGACUGAAGUCAGAAAUGAAAGGUGUCACUCCUUCGUCUGCGUUUCCUCUCUUCUGCGCUGAUUCCGAGGAUAAACGCGCGCUCCUUCGGUUCAGAGCGCGUGACAGACUUUAACGCGUUUACCUCGAAACUUUCUGCGUGUUUCUGACAGAGGAUUUGUUGUUAAGAUGUUGUCUUUAUAUUCCCUUGUCAUUCAGCUUUCUUCUGUGAGUGUGUGUGUGCUGAGGCUCGGUUCUGACCCGGUUCCUCUGGACUCCAGCUCCGGGUGUGACUCCAGACUCAAACAUCUUCACGGACAGCAGAUGACCGUCCACCUGCCGCCCAACAUCACCGGUCACUGGGUGUCCAGCAGCUGCGAGGUGCGACCCGGCCCAGAGUUCAUCACUCGCUCCUAUCGCUUCUUCCCUGACCUCAGCUUCCAGGCGCUGCAGUUCUUCUCCCAGAACCCGGAGUGCAGCGAGCCCAGCUACAGCCUGCGGAUCCGGGGCAGCGUGCGUCCGCUGCGGGGCUCCUGGCUCGUCCGUGGAGGAUCUGUGUGUGAGUACCAUCUGAGCCGCGUCCAGCUGCUGUGUCACGGCCCUGCUCCCGAGCUCCAGCAGCGCAUGCCCUCCUCCUGCGACCUGCGGCAGCCGCUGCGUCCCGGACGGAUCUACGAGCUGUGGGACGAGCGGUGGGCGGCGGGUCGUGACUGCACCCGCGGCCUGGACUUCAGCAUGCAGGAGCUGCGUCUGAUGCGUCUGGAGCGCAGCGGUCAGCAGGAGGAGCUGUUCCUGGGAGACGUCCACACGGAGCGCGCUCAGAGGAGCCUGCACCAGCCCGCAGGCUACCAGACCCCCCUGCAGAGCGCCAAGACGGAGCGCUGUGAAGUCUGUCGGAUCGUGUCUUCGGCGGAUCUUCAUCAUCCUCCGGUUCUGCCGGUCCAGCCCGAGCGUCCGGUGCGUCUGCAGGGACACUGGGUGAGCACACGGUGUGAGGUGCGUCCGGGCGUCCUCUUCCUCACCCGACUGCUGACCUUCCACGAGGACAGCCAGACCUGGAGCGGUCAGUACGACCACUUCUCUGACCCCGUCUGCCAUCACCCCACCUUCAGCAUCUCAGCCAGCGGACGCUACACCCGCGGAGCUCCAUCCACAGCCAUCAGAGGAGCCGUCCAGUUCACUUUCACCGUGACACACAUGACGGUGACGCCGAUGGAUGUGGCCACCACGUCUCUGCUGAACGUGCUCCGGGGGCGAGCGUGUGGCUCCGAGGGCGAGUGGCAGCGGGGCGUCCCGCAGGACGUGACCUGGACCUCUGGCUGCGCGGCGCUGGGCGUGCGUCUGCCUCACACCGAGUACGAGCUCUUCCGCUCCGGACAGGACUCGUCUGGACACAGCCUCCUCUACAACGGCCAGAGACCCAGCGAUGGCUCCAGUCCCGACCGGCCCGAGCGACGGCCCACCAGCUUCCAGCCGCCUCUGAGCCGCUGCAGCCGCGGGGAGACGGGCGAGCGGCGCGGGGGGCGCUCCAGACUGAGCUCGGGCUGCGGAUCACACACACUGCAUGGACUCCUGCUCUUGAUCCUGCUGCACAGCUUCAUCUAGAGACGCCGUGUCCCGCUCACACUCGCUCACGACCCGAGAGACUCGUGAAGGGGACACACGCCUCUGAUGCUCAUCAUCUCUCCAUCCACACACGCUGAUCCACUGUACAUAUCCCAGAGGACCUGAUUGAAACCUCGUCCCGUGACGCCCAGAUGAAUGAACACAUGGAUGAUCAGGGUUAUUAUCGUUAACUAAAACCAAAUCAAACAAAAAAAAUCAAUACUUGAAAUUAAAUGUUGCUUACAAUAAAAUUUAAAAAUGAUAUUUUUAAGCUUUCUGCUAGUUGCCAUGUCAACAUUUAUCAUUUUCAUAGUUUAUCUAAAAUAACUCAAAAAUUAUACACAGUCAAGUUUCUGAACAGUAAGAUUUUUAAUAAAGUCUCUUCUGCUCACCAGAGCUGCAUUUAUUUGAUCAAAAAUACAGUAAAAAUACUGAAAUAUUAUUAAAAUAUUUUGUUACAUUAUAAAUUACUUUAAUGUCACUUUUGAUCAAUUUAAAGCAUCCUCACUAAAUAAAAGUAUUAAUUUCUAUCAUUUCUUUCUCAAAAAAAAAAAAAAAAACCCCGGUAGAGCGUAUGUUUCCAAAGCUUUUUAUUUCAGAUAAACGCUGAUCUUUCUGUUCAUCAAAGAAUCCUGAACAAAAUGUACUUAACUGUGUUCAACACUGAUAAUAAUCUUCAUGUUUCUCGAGCAGUAAAUCAUCAUAUUAUUCUGAUUUCUGAAGAUCAUGUGACACUGAAGACUGGAGGAAUGAUGCUGAAAAUACAGCGGAGCAUCACAGAAAUACAUUACACUUUAACACAGAUUCACACAGAGAACAGAUGCUUUACAUUAGAAUAAUAUUUCACUAUUUUUACUGUAUCUUUGAUUAAAUAAAACCAAAAAUCUUACGUUCCAGAAACUUAUGACUGGUGGUGCACAUACAUUGCAAAAUAAAAUUAACAAUAUAAAUAUUACAAUGAUUAAUUUUUUUUAUAAUUAAAAUGAGAACAGAUAAUAAAUUCACAAUAUUAAUGAAAACUGUAA